UAAUAUUGGGUUUAGGGUUUUUCAGCGUUUGAUUUCUUCACUUUCUUCUUCCUUUCCUUCAUCGUCUAUUCCCAUUUCACACAACAUCCGAAAUGGAAGAAAGUUCUGAAGGAACAGAGACCAGCAAAAUCCGUAACAUAUGCAUCCUUGCCCACGUGGACCACGGCAAGACCACCCUCGCCGACCACCUCAUCGCUGCUGCAGGUGGCGCCCUCCUCCAUCCAAAACUCGCCGGAAGAGUCCGCUUCAUGGACUACCUCGACGAGGAGCAGCGCCGCGCCAUCACCAUGAAGUCCUCCUCAAUCUGCCUCCGUUACGGCGACCACUCCAUCAACCUCAUCGACUCCCCCGGCCACAUGGACUUCUGCAGCGAGGUUUCCACCGCCGCGCGCCUCAGCGACGGCGCACUCCUCCUCGUCGACGCCGUCGAAGGCGUCCACAUCCAAACCCACGCCGUCCUCCGCCAGUGCUGGAUCGAGCGCCUCUCCCCUUGCCUCGUCCUCAACAAGAUCGACCGCCUCAUCACGGAGCUUAAACUCACGCCGUCCGAGGCUUACGUCCGCUUAUUGCGCAUCGUUCAAGAAGUUAACGGCAUCGUUAGCGCAUUCCGUUCCGAGAAGUACCUAUCUGACGUGGAUUCCCUUCUUGCCACGUCAGGUAUGAACCCUAACGAGAUUGAGAAUGAGGAAGCAGAUGAUGAAGCUGACGAGUUUCAACCGCAGAAAGGGAAUGUGAUAUUCGCUUGCGCUUUAGACGGUUGGGGAUUUGGAAUCAAUAAAUUCGCUGAGAUUUAUGCUUCCAAGCUUGGUGCUAGUGUAAAUGCGUUGUUGAAGGCUCUAUGGGGGCCUUGGCAUUUUAAUCCGAAGACGAAGAUGAUUGCUAAGAAGAAAGUUGGUGGUGGUGGAGACAGUGGUAAGGGUAAUGCGAAACCGAUGUUUGUUCAGUUUGUGUUGGAACCACUGUGGCAGGUUUAUGAGGGUGCGCUUAAGGGUGGUGAUGAGGGUAAGGGUGUGGUUGAGAAGGUUGUUAGGUCCUUUAAUUUGUCGGUGCCGGCGAGGGAGCUUCAGAAUAAGGAUCCCAAGGCUGUGCUUCAGGCGGUUAUCAGCAGGUGGCUGCCGCUCGCGGAUGCUGUGUUGUCGAUGGUGGUUAGGUGUAUGCCGGACCCUGCUGCAGCACAGACAUACCGGAUAUCGCGAUUGAUGCCGAAGGUUGAGGUGGUUAAUGAGGUUGGAGUUGAUAGGAGUGUUUUGGAGGAAACAGAGCGUGUGAGGAAGUCUGUGGAGGUUUGUGAUUUGAGGGAGGAUGCUCCUUGUGUUGCUUUUGUGUCCAAGAUGUUUGCGGUGCCGGUUAAAAUGCUUCCUCCCCUGAGAGGGGAGAAUGGGAAUAGUUAUGGCGGCGAAGGAGAAAGCGAGUCGGACGAGUGUUUCUUGGCAUUUGCUAGGAUAUUUAGUGGGGUUUUGCAUGCUGGUCAGAGAGUUUUCGUUCUCUCUGCUUUGUAUGAUCCAUUGAAAAGGGAAUCAAUGCAGAAACAUGUGCAGGAAGCUGAAUUGCAGACCUUGUAUUUGAUGAUGGGCCAGGGAUUGAAAGUAGUGACAUCUGCCAAAGCAGGAAAUGUUGUUGCCAUUCGGGGCCUCGGCCAGCAUAUCCUGAAAUCCGCUACUCUCAGUUCUAGCAUGAAUUGUUGGCCGUUUUCAAGUCUCGCAUUCCAAGUUGCCCCGACCCUGAGAGUUGCAAUUGAGCCGUCUGAUCCAGCGGAUGUGGGUGCACUGCUGAAAGGAUUGAGGCUUUUGAAUCGAGCAGAUCCGUUUGUCGAGGUUACUGUUUCUGCAAGAGGAGAACAUGUGCUCUCUGCCGCCGGGGAAGUUCACCUGGAGAGAUGCAUAAAGGAUUUGAAGGAGAGGUUUGCAAAAGUAAGUUUGGAAGUAUCACCGCCUCUUGUGUCCUACAAAGAGACCAUUGAGGGAGAGGCAUCCAAGAUGCUGGAAAGUUUAAAAGCUUUUACUAAGAGCACAGAUUAUGUUGAGAAAACAACACCAAAUGGUAGAUGUGUUGUCCGUGUGCGUGUGAUAAAACUUUUGCCUUCUCUUACAAAGGUGCUUGAUGAAAGUCCUGAUUUAGUUGGUGAUGUUAUUGGAAUUAAGUCAGCGCAGACGAUAAAAACAUUGGAUUGCCAGAGACCAAAUGUUACUGAGAAUGAUAAUCUGGCUGAGGUUCUAAGAAAACGCAUUGUAGAUGCAGUGGAGAGUGAUGUGUUGAGCUGGAAUGAGAUUGAUAAUGAUCAUGCUGAGAGAUGUAAAUUGGAGUGGCUAAAACUUUUGAGGAGGAUAUGGGCUCUAGGACCUAGACAGAUUGGUCCGAACAUUCUCUUAACUCCUAAUAUUAAAGCAGAGGGUACCGAUAACUCUGUUCUAGUACGGGGUUGUUCUCAUGUGUCUGAUAAGUUGGGCUUUGUGCCCGAUUCUAGUGAUGGAAAUUCAGUUGCUGAGACAUCUUCAAAUGCAAGUCAAGCUUUGUACAAAGAAGCCGAGCGCCUUGAGAGUAGUGUUGUAUCCGGAUUCGAACUGGCCACUGCCGCUGGACCCUUAUGUGAUGAACCUAUGUGGGGUUUGGCAUUUCUUGUUGAGGCGUGGAUAUCUCCGCUUAUUGAACAGAAGGAUGAAUCUGAAACACAUCUACAAUCAGAACAGUAUGGGAUCUUUGCAGGGCAGGUAAUUGCCACUGUCAAGGAUGCAUGUAGAGCAGCCGUGCUUCAGAAUAAACCCCGGCUUGUGGAAGCAAUGUACUUCUGUGAAUUGAAUACACCUACUGAAUGUUUGGGUCCAAUGUAUGCUGUACUUAACCGAAGACGGGCCCGAGUUCUGAAAGAAGAGAUGCAGGAAGGUUCCCCUUUCUUCACUGUGCAUGCGUAUGUUCCAGUUUCUGAGAGCUUUGGUUUUGCGGAUGAGCUCCGCAAAGGGACUUCCGGUGCUGCAAGUGCGCUUCUUGUCCUUAGUCACUGGGAAGCACUUCCAGAGGAUCCUUUCUUUGUACCCAGAACGGAAGAGGAAAUUGAAGAGUUUGGAGAUGGUUCUAGUGUUCUGCCAAAUACAGCUAGAAAGUUAAUUAACACAGUCAGACGGCGCAAGGGCCUUCCUGUGGAGGAAAAGGUUGUACAACAUGGAACCAAGCAGAGGACGUUGGCUCGUAAAGUCUAAUAUAUUUCAUUACUGUUGUAUCCAUAUCUGUGAGAUUAGGGUGGAUAUUCAUUAUUCUUCUCUGCUCUCACAAAGCAGUUACUCUUUAUGCUUGUGGUCCGUCUGAUUGUUUCAUUAAUUGAUAAAGUUCUUUUUCACCCUUCUGAUUUAAUCAACUGUGUGCGAAGCUGCAUCCUUCCGUUAAUAGAUAUGGUAAAGGCUGUAUUUCCGCUUCAGAGUGAAUGUUAUGGAAGCUGCUAACUGAAGUUGUUGAAAUCAGUGAUUUCAGCUCUAUUGUGAUAUGGAGAGACUCAUAGAUGAUCAGUUUGAACAGUUGAAAGCGCAUGUUGAUAUUGUGAUAUACUAGCUGCAACAGGUUCGAUAAAACACAGAGAGAAAGGAGAACUUUCUGUCUGUGUUUUCUCUUGCAAUCCUUAUAAAAUCGCUGCUUCCACUACCUGACAAAUAUGAUAGCCUAGCUGAUAUAGAUAAAUGCUAUCGCCAAAGAUAAGAGUCUCACGAUAUACACUUUGAACCUUCAUGCAAGCUUGGAUGGAUUGACAUUUUUCAGGAAAUCAAUAAUAUCACUUGUACUGAAGGAACUUAAAUCUACCGGAGAAGACAACAAUAUGGAGAGAGCACAGGCAGGGAAAAGAAAUAUCUUGUAUUAUAAUAGUUGCUUUGUUAUAUAAACUAAUCCAAAAGAGAUUCAUUUCGAGCGGGAAUGUAAUAGUGAAAUUGGUUUUUCGGAUUCUCGUGUGGUAUCUGGAUUAUUUAUUUAUGAUGGUAGAGGAAGGAUACUAAAUUUGUGAAAAUCGUUUGAUAUAUGUGAAAAUUCUUUUGAUA